AUGACGUACCCCCGUCCUGAUUUCGAGCGCAACCCACUUCGCUGGGAGUCCCUCAACGGACAAUGGGAUUUCCUUUUUGACGAUGGCGACGCUGGCCUUUCCGAGAAUUGGCAGCGUUCCGGUCUCCCCGAAGAGGUCAAAGUAACCACCUCCACCACUUCCCGCAAAGAAGCAGGCCAAGAUAGCGUUGUCCAAAAGAUCAUGGGCGAGGCCCAUUCUCUUAUCCAGAACAACGUCUUCACCUCAUCCACCCAGACUUCAAACUCAAAAACCAAGAUCAACGUCCCCUACGUCUUCCAAUCUCCUGCGUCUGGAAUCAACGACCGUGGCGUCCAUGAAGUUUUGUGGUACGAGCGUGCUAUUUCAGACCUGCGAUCUGCUCAGGAAAAGGAAAAGAACCACAGGCUGGUUCUGCGGUUCGGAGCUGUUGACUACGAAGCCACUGUUUGGAUCAAUGGGGAGUAUGUCGGCGGUCAUCGAGGCGGCCAUGUUCCCUUUGAGAUUGACAUCACUGAUGCUGUCAACGCGGCCAAGGACGCUACUACCCACCGUGUCACCAUUCGUGUCUACGAUUCAGCUUAUGAUCUGACCCAGCUUCGAGGCAAGCAGUACUGGGCUGCCAAGCCAGAAACUAUCUUCUAUACACCCUCUGGAGGUAUCUGGCAGUCUGUCUGGCUUGAAGUUGUCCCUUCUGCUCGCAUUGCCGACAGCUCUUUCGGCACCGUUAUCAAGUCCAAUGAUAUUCAUUCUGGCCAACUUCGCAACACUGUCGUCACCAAGGGACGACGCGUAGGCAAGGACUAUAGCGUUGAUAUUGAGGCUAGCUUUGCUGGUAUCCCUGUAUCCAAGUCUGAGAAGAAGGCUCUCCCUCGAGAAUCCAACUCAGUUGGCGUUGAGCUUAACGUCCGUUUGUCCGAAGAGCAGAGAUCGAAGCUGCCUAAGUCUGUUCUUGAGAACGCACCUCUAGAGAACGACUUUGCCUGGCGCGAUGGUGUUGCGCUAUGGUCUCCUGAGCACCCCCAACUCUACGAUCUCGUCAUUCGUCUGUACGAUGACACAGACACAAUCAUCGACGAGGUUCAAACCACAACCGGCAUGCGAAGCAUCAACUGGACAACGGGCGACGGCACAUGGCGCCUCAACGACAAGCCAUACUUCCAAGCUCUCUGUCUUGACCAGGGAUACUGGCCUGAGACCUUCAUGACACCCCCCAGCUCCGAAAGCCUCAAGCUUGAUAUCGAACUUGCCAAGAAGAUGGGUCUCAACGGCUGCAGAAAGCACCAAAAGGUCGAAGAUCCGCUAUUUUACUACUGGGCUGACAAGCUUGGUUUCCUCGUCUGGGGCGAGAUCGCCAAUGCUUAUGCCUUUAGCGCUGAGUACAUUGAUCGUUUCAACGCCGAGUGGACUGAAGCUGUCAAGUUGGUUAUCAACCGUCCUUCUGUUGUGACGUGGACUCCUGUGAACGAAAGCUGGGCUUACCCUUCGCUUGAGGAUAACGUGGAUCAGCGAAACCACAUCCGUCAGCUAUACUAUCUCACAAAGAAUCUCGACGAUACUCGAAGUAUCAACGACAACUGCGGCUGGCAGCAUGUCCUUACUGACCUAACCACAUUCCACGACUAUAGCGAUGGUCCAGAGAUCGAAAAGACCUGCUCUACUCUCGAAGGCAUCAUUAGCCCCAAGGCCGACGGUCGAGGCGUUUUCCUGGAGCCCAUCCCUGGUGUUGACGAGGGCUCGGCGCACAAGCCUGGUGCACCCGUCAUGAACACCGAAUUCGGCGGCGUCAACAUUGCUCCCGCUAAGAAAGAAGAGGGUAAAGACCUGGACUGGGGCUACACUACUGCCACAAACCCUGAUGAUCUCGUCAAGAGAAUCGAGCGUCUUGUGAACGGUAUUGUCCUUGGAGGACACUGCUGUGCGUUUGUGUACACCCAACUUGCCGAUAUCGAGCAGGAGGUUAAUGGAUUGUAUACCUUUAACCGAGAGGAGAAGUUGGAUGCUUCCAAGGUGAAGGCUGUUCUUGACAAGGCUAUUGGACAGUACUACAACAGAGUACGAUAG